GAUCAUUGUUAGCAUAAACUUUUGAUGAAUAAUUUUGUUUAUGUAUAUGAAAAAGAGAAUUAAUGGACUGGCAAAUAUCUCGUAUGUAUAAUUUUUAGUAUUUUCCAAAUUUGACCACAUGCUGCCCUCUGUCUGUUAGCUGUAAAAGUAUGUAGUGAUAACACGAUAUUCACAGUUGUCAAGAAGUCGUUAAUGUAGGAAGGUGCUGUCAAAUUUUUGACGAAAUUUGUUUUGAUCAGCCUGCUGUAUCAAAAAUCAUUUAAAAUGACCGUAGAGUUAAAUAAGUUUUUGUACGACCUUUUAAAUAACAUUGAAGGCUUACAUUGUAUACUAAUUACUGAUCGAGAUGGAGUUCCAGUGGUAUCGGUGGCCCAUGAGAAAGCUCCCGAAUUGGCAAUGCGAGCAAGUUUUCUUUCCACGUUUGGAAUGGCGACGGAUCAAGGCAGUAAAUUAGGUCUUGGGAAAAAUAAGACUCUCAUUUGCAUGUACAGUAGUUAUCAGGUUGUUCAGAUAAACAAACUACCGCUGGUGCUCAGUUUUAUCGCAACCCACAGCUGCAAUACGGGUCAUAUUUUGUCUUUGGAAGAGAAAAUCGAUCCAAUUUUGAGCAACUUGAAAAACGCUGUUGUGGAAGCUUGAUGGUUACCCAUCGUACAUUAUGGGUGAUAAAUUAGGAAAUUCUGGACUGACAUACCGAAAUGUGAUUUGAAAAUGUACACGAAAGAAUCAUCAAGAGACUUUCGAUGAACUUUCUUACAAGAGUUCAUACUUACACUGUUUUUCAUGCGCCGUUCCACAUUAUUUCUGCUUCGUUCUAUCUGAUGUUUAUAAAAAGAGACAGAAAUUCUGGGAACAGUGGAGCAUCACCAUGGGAUGUCACUAAGAAGCUACUCUUGGAUAUUUACAAACUUUACAUGUAAUAGAUAAUCUUUAUAUCUUCCUACAUUAUCAGUGCAUAAGUUUCAGAUUAAUUAGGUCUUACUUUUCAAUUGCGCUCACUGAGCUUUAUUUAAACAGUGACAGAUGUACAAAACAACCGCAUAUAUACAUAUUUUAUUAAGUAAUGUAUUAUACAUAGGUGACAUUUUUAAGUAGUUAUGUAACAGAGAUUAUCAAUUAUUAUGGAACUAUGUUACGAAACUUACAAUUUACAUGUGUGAAUAUACACGAUUAUCAUACUUA